UCGCCACUGCGGACCAUUAAAUAAUUCUUUCUCGAGAACCCAAAAAUAAUUAAAAAAAUACUCCAUCAAAUACAUCAUCUCCAACUCAAAAAUCUCAUCCUUUUCUUCCUCUUCUUCAUUUCAUUUCAUUUCCUCCUCCGUCAGUUUUCGAAACUCUCAAAUUUCAUUUCAUUUCAUUUCAAGAAAAAAGAAAGCCAAAAAAGAAUGGCUCAAAGAGAUAAAGAAGAAACCAAAUUGAAGAUGAUCGAAUCUUUAACUCUUUGUAUCAAUAAUUGUGGUGUUUACGGCAAUCCAUCGACUAAAAAUAUGUGUCAAACAUGUUUUGAAUCAUCAUCAAAAAUCAAAAUCUCAACAGCAAAUACGAAAUCCAGCUCGAUCCAGUCUCCAAAUGAACCCGAUUUGAUUGUACAACAAGAAGAAGGGAAACUAUCGAAGAAAGUUGUUGUUGUUCAGAGUAUGACUUUUUCAUCAUCAGAAAAAUUCAGAUCUAGCUCAAUUAAGACACCAGAUGAUUUAGAUCUGCUGGUUAAAAUUCGUAAAAGCGACGAUUUGAUUAGUAAAAUCGAUGAAAAGAAACCGGUGGAGAAGAAAAUUGUCCGGGAGAUAAACCGGUGUUCGGGAUGUCGGAAAAAGGUCGGAUUAACGGGAUUUAGAUGCAGAUGUGGUGAAUUAUUUUGUCCGGAACAUAGAUAUUCAGAUCGUCAUGAUUGUAGUUACGAUUAUAAAGCUCAUGGUAGAGAAGCUAUUGCUAGAGAAAAUCCUGUUGUUAGACCUGCUAAAAUCCUCAAGGUCUAAUUCAACCAGAAAAAUAAAAAAUAAUUUAAAGAUUUUUCCACCUUUUUUUUUUUAUUUUUUUUAUAAAUUUCUCAUUUUUAGUUUUUGAUUUCUCUCUCUGUUGUAUGUGUGGAGUGAUGAAGAUUCAAUCUCGUAAUCUAAUGAAAUUUUUUUUAAUUUCAGUCUCA